AUGAAGAAGGAGGACGAACGGGGAGUUGAGUUUGACGAUGAAUACCUGAGGGAGGUGGAGAAGGAGCUGACAGAGGAGGAGAAAGAGAGUCGACGGCAGCAGAGUUUAACACUGAAGGAAAAAGGCAACAGUCAGUUUAAAGCUGGAAGCUGGUUGGAGGCGGAGCGAAGCUACACGGAGUCGCUGGUUUUAUGUCCAGUGUGUUUCAGCAGAGAGCGAGCCGUGCUGUUCUCCAACAGAGCUGCUGCAAGACUGCACAUGGAUCUGAAGGAUCAAGCGAUCUCAGACUGCUCCAGAGCGAUAGAGCUGAAUCCGGACUAUGUGCGGGCGCUGCUGAGGAGGGCGGAGCUUUAUGAGCAGACAGACAAGCUGGACGAGGCUCUGGAGGACUACAAGAAGGUUCUGGACCAAGACCCGAACCACGCCAGCGCCAGGCGGGCCUGCAUGAGGCUGCCUCAGCAGAUUCAGGAGAGAAAUGAGAAGCUGAAGGAGGAAAUGAUGAGUAAGCUGAAGGACCUCGGGAACAUGAUCCUGAGACCUUUCGGUCUUUCUACCAACAACUUCCAGGUGAACCAGGACAGCGAGACGGGUUCGUACUCCGUCAACUUCGUCCAGAACCCCAACAACAACAACAGAUGA